AUGGAGAAACCGGGGAAAUCCAAGAACAAGGUCAGGAAGUCUCGGUCGAGGGGCAUGCGGACCAAAACUGGAUGUCAGCCAACACAGCCCUCUUCCAGUCUACCAGGGGUGACGCCAACCCAGAACGCUCCCUUCAUUUCAAGCUUUCAGAGGCCCGAAGUAUCACACCUAUCAGAUGAGAGACAACAUCAGGCCCAGCAUGCAUUCAGUCCAGAAACAGUGGCCUCUGAGCUGCUCACAGCGGACCUCGCAUCCACUCGUUGGCUUGACCUUCUGGCGAGUGAUGCUGCUCAAGCAGACAGCGGGUUCUCUCUGGCACCGAGUCCAUCGACAAGUCCCGCACCCCUAGCAGGAGCAGGGGCUGGUCUCAACUAUGAAGCUACACACCCUGCAGAUUUGGAAGUUGCUCGUAGGCAGGCCAAUAGCCGCAUCCUUCCUGGUACCGAGCUUGAACACCCUGUCGAUGGUGUGCGCCAUAGUGCUUGCGAGCUACAGGCGUGGCAACUCGACCAGGACAUAUCUCUCCGAGACGAAGAAGCAAUCCUGUUCCGAACGUUCACGGAGAAGGCUGCGUUGCUGCUGGACCUGUUUGACCCACACAGGCACUUCUCGACCCACGCCACUAGGUUAGCUCUUCGAAACUUGGGUCUUAUGAAAGCCAUCCUCGCAUUAGCCUCGCGCCUUGCCACUUCCACCGUGGGGGCUAGGACAUUCGAUCCCAGUAUACCAGUCCAAUACUACUACGAGACGCUCCACUACGUCCGAGAAGCUCUGCAGUAUACAACAUACACCCGAUCUGAGGAGCUGCUAGCCACGGUGAUCAUCACUUCGACAUACGAGAUGCUCGAUGACAGCAAGGGUAAUUGGACGAGACACCUGAAGGGCGUAUUUGGGAUCCAACGCUCACAGGACGUCCACGGCGCCUCUGGCGGCCUGCGACAGUCCGUGUGGUGGGCAUGGCUGCAGCAAGACCUCUGGGCCGCCUUCCGGGAAAAGAGGCGGUGCUUCAGCUUCUGGAGGCCGGCCAAGGAUGUCUCCGAGCUCACCCAGAACGAGCUCGCCAACAGGGCCGUCUACCUCCUGUCACAGGCUGUAAACUUUUGCGCAGACUCCCAUUCGAAAAUAUGGACAAUGGAGGCCAGGAUCCAAUCCGGGAGCGUCUUGAACGUAGCCUUGGAAAGGUGGAAGUCAUUCGUGGGACCAGCUUAUAAGCCUCUCCCAUGCCCUCCGUCCCGCUUGCAAGGCUCUGAGUUCAAGUCUAUCUGGAUCCACCCCCCUCAAUUUGCCGUGGCUAUGCAGGUCUACAAUUUUGCCAAAAUACUAAUCUCCCUCCACCUCCCAGGCAUCGGUGGCUUCCAGGGCUACUUGCAGACUCAGCGAGUCUUGUCAGAUGCAGUAGAAACCAUCUGUGGGAUUGCCAUGGAGUUGAAGGACGAAGGGUGCCAAAUUCUCUCAGCCCAGUGCCUCUUCGGCGCGGGGCUUUGUACUCAUGACCUAGUAAAACGGGAGGCCAUCAUCUCGCUGAUCAGUGACUGUGAAGCGCGGACUGGGUGGCCCAUAUUAACGUUGAAAGAAGAUUUGAGGGCGGAAUGGGCCACUGUCAGCUGA